AUGGGUCAGGCUUUGGGUUUAGUGCAGGUUGAUCAAUCAACUGUAGCCAUCAAAGAAAACUUCGGCAAGUUCAGUGAGGUCCUGGAGCCUGGUUGCCACUUCCUGCCCUGGUGCAUAGGGCAGCAGAUUGCUGGUUACCUCUCCUUGCGUGUGCGCCAGCUGGAUGUCCGCUGUGAAACAAAGACAAAGGACAAUGUCUUUGUCACUGUUGUUGCAUCUGUCCAAUAUCGCGCUCUUGCUGAUAAGGCAUCUGACGCCUUCUACAAGCUGAGCAACACUAGGGAACAAAUUCAGUCGUAUGUAUUUGAUGUCAUCAGAGCUACUGUUCCAAAGCUGGACUUGGACGAUGCAUUUGAGCAGAAGAAUGACAUCGCGAAAGCAGUCGAAGAGGAGCUUGAAAAGGCAAUGUCUAUGUACGGCUAUGAGAUAGUGCAAACGCUGAUUGUUGAUAUUGAGCCUGAUGACCGUGUCAAGAGAGCAAUGAACGAGAUCAAUGCAGGCAAAAUGAGGGUGGCAGCCAGUGAGAAAGCUGAGGCUGAGAAGAUACUCCAGAUCAAGAAAGCCGAAGGAGAGGCGGAAUCCAAGUACCUGGCUGGUGUGGGUAUUGCAAGGCAGCGCCAGGCCAUUGUGAACGGGCUGAGGGACAGUGUGCUCGCCUUCUCAGAGAACGUUCCAGGCACCACUGCCAAGGACAUCAUGGACAUGGUCCUGGUCCUGGUCACCCAGUACUUCGACACCAUGAAGGAGAUUGGGGCCUCCUCCAAGUCCUCUUCAGUGUUCAUCCCUCAUGGUCCUGGAGCUGUUAAGGAUGUCGCGGCGCAGAUAAGAGAUGGCCUCCUGCAGGCUAAACUGCAGUGA